GGAAUGACCAUCACUCAGGAACAGUAUUCAACGAGGAGCCACCAAAAUAUACAACUAAAUAGAAUGGGUGGCAAAGGAACCUAUAUUGCCGGCCUGGCUCUGCUGAUGGCCUGUGUCGCACCAGCCUACGGCAAUGUGAACACCACCGCCCUGUGCAUGCUGGUGUCCAAUGGCAUGUUGGUGGGCAGCCAGACGGACUGCAGCACCUACUACCAGUGCCAGGGAUCCGUGGUCACUCAGAUGUCCUGCGGCAACGGCCUGUACUUCGACAAGAACGCCCAGCAGUGUGUCAGCUCCGUUCCGAGCACCUGCACCAGUGCCAGUAACCCAUGCCUGGGCAAGACGGUGGGCACCUUCGCUCCGGCCUCCUCCUCCUGUGGCGGCUACUACUACUGCGGCGCCUCUGGUGCCGUGAAAGGUAGCUGCCCCGCCGGCGAGAACUUCAAUCCCGUCACCAUGGCCUGUGUCUAUGCCAACAACUAUCCCUGCACGGAGUCUAUAGCCGAGCCAGGAAGCGUCUCCACUCCGUCGGUCGCCCUCAACCUGUGCAAUUUGGUCGAGAAUGGAGUCUUCUUCGGCAACCCGACCAACUGCUCCAUGUGGAACCUUUGCCAGAAUAACGUCCUCAAGAGCGGAUCGUGUCCCAGCGGAUUUGUGUUCAAUACGCAGCAGAGUAUCUGCGGCUACCAGACGGCCACUUCCUGCUCCCAGGUGACGAACGAUCCCUCGCUGACGGGCAUCAUCGCCAAUCCGACGACCUGCACCAAGGUGGGCACCACUACUGCAGCCACCGCCUGCAACCAGUAUUACCUCUGCAAUCCCUCCCUGCGCUACCAACUGCAGACCUGCACCGCAGGAUACUUCUACGACACAGUGUCCCAGGUGUGCGUCACCAGAAUGUCUGCCCGGAACAACUGUGAUCGCUGUGUGGGCACCACCUUGUCCUUCGUUAACGCCUAUUCGAGCAGUAAUUGCACCAACUACCUGUACUGCGUGAAUGGCGUGGAGAAGGCCGAGGAGUCCUGCCCCACCGGCACCUUCUUCAAUGAGGUCAAGGGUAGCUGUGUUCAGGGCACGGAGCCGCAGUUCCUCUGCUGCAAUCCGACAUUGAGCAAUGGAACUACUACAUCUGGUAGCUCAUCCUCUGGAACUUCUUCUGGUACUUCUUCCGGAACUUCUUCUGGAACUUCUUCAGGAACUUCCUCUGGAACGUCUUCUUCCGGAACUUCUUCUUCUGGAACAUCCUCUGGAACUUCAUCUUCUGGAACUUCGUCUUCCGGAACAUCCUCUGGAACUUCAUCUUCUGGAACUUCCUCUUCCGGAACUUCCUCUGGAACAUCUUCUUCUGGAACUGCUACUUCUGACACUUCCACCUCCGGAACUUCCUCUGGAACAUCUUCAUCUGGAACUUCCACUUCCGGCACUUCCACCUCCGGAAAAAAACCGCCGGGCGGAAAAACUUCGAUAUCAGUCUUCGGCUACCAUUCAUUGGUAAAUACUUGUUCUAUCAACGGUUCCCGGUAUUACAUAAUAGCAAUGACAGACAAACUCCUUCUGGCGACGAUCCUCUGCCUGAUGGGCACCAGUGCUCUGGCGCAGCAGGUAAUUCUCGAAGGCAACUACAACGUGACGGCAUUCUGUAACUCUGUCGCGACCGGUACCCAACUGGGCAGCAUUGUGUCCUGUGAAUACUACUACGUCUGCCAGUCGACCGGACCCGUUCAGGUGAACUGCACGGCCGGCUAUGCCUACAACUACACAGUGCAGGCCUGCCAACCGGCCAACCAGGCCAACUGCUUCUACGGAUUGGACAAUCCUUGCAGUGCCACCUCUGGCAAAUCCUUCGCUCCUCUGUCCGGCUCCUGUAAUAAGUACUAUGCCUGUGAGAAUGGCACUAGCGUCGGCAUUGGAUCCUGUCCGGUAAACACCAAGUUCGACUCCGUAUCUCGCGGCUGCAUAUGGGGAUCUUGCUCCAACACCCAGGCAUUGGACGACACACCCAACCUGAAUAGUCUUUGCGAAGUGGUUCCGCCCAACAUUUUCUUCGGUACCACCGAAAGUUGCGAUACCUGGAAUUAUUGCGAGACCGGAAAGGCAAACCCGACCACUAGCACGUGUCCCACUCCAACUUCUUGUUUCAACGUUCAAAAGCAAAUGUGUGACUACACGGGACCUACUGUAUGCAAUCGUGUGACGGAUCAGCCCCUCAUUUCCACCACCACCGGUGCCUGCACGAGCAGCAGCGAGCCCAAGGGCAGCUCCACCAUCUGCAGCCAGUACUACAAGUGCCAGAAUCAGCAGUGGCAGACCUACAACUGCGGCUAUGGCCAAUACUGGGAUAAGACAACACAGCAGUGCCAGGCCCGCCAGACGGCCACUCCCGAAGCGGGCUGCAACCGCUGCGAGUACGCCAGUAAACAGUUCGUCAAUGCCGUGGACAGUGGCAACUGCACCAACUAUUACUAUUGCAACAACGGCGCGGCCACCAAUCUGUGGUGCAAUUCGGGUAUGUUCUUCAAUGAACAGAAGCAAGGAUGCGUCAGCGACGAUACUCUCUCAACGUAUGUUCUGACCAACGGAGCCUGCAAUGGAGCCACCGCCACUGCCGGCGCUUCGACCACUGAAUCCGAUUCCACCGGUAGCACUGAGUCCACCAGUGAGGCAUCCACCAGUGAGGCCACCACCACUGAGGCCGCAACCACUAAGGACGAUGCUGAUGCUGGAGGAAAAUAGAGCUUCGCAAAGGAUAAUGUGCAACCACGAUUUGAAUUCUAUAUAUAUUAACAUUUACUAUUCAGUAUUCCUAUUCAACCGCAAAUAAAAUUUGUAUUGCAAUCAUAAAAA